UCCGUGGUACAAGUAUUAUGGAACCUAAUCGGCAAUAUUACUGUGAGAAUUCAAGCAAUGUCAUUCUGUUUUAUUUUACGGCAAGGGCCGCAAUUACCUAAUUAAAGGGAAAUCCAUCGUGACAAAGGUCUUGGCUCUCUGCAUUCCUUGCUCGCCAACUUAUGAUACCAAUCGAUCAAUCACUUGCUAGGCAUCCACCCGACGAUUCCCCCUCACUUUUUUUGUUUUUCCCCGCCUAAUUCCAGCUACUCGUACCGGCACUGCACCUUAUCUCAUUGUGCCCUUCUACCGAAAAUAAGAAAUCCCAGGGUUGCCUUGCCUGACAGUGCCCCACCAUCACUACCACAAUCAUCAUCAUCAUCACCAAACCGAAAGGGAGGAAGGAAGCUACACCAUCACGCCUACCCCUCAAAACGCGCCUGAUAAAUCACAACCACGUUCGCAAAACCAAAGCAAAAAUAAAUUACCAGUACUCUCACCAAAUACCCAUCAAUCAGUUAUGGUACACCCCCCCCUCCUCCUCCCCUUACUUUCCAUACUAGCGGGCAAUCUAACGAGCCCUCCGGCCCCCCGCCUUUCCUCCUCUGUGCCCAUCACAGACUUCCGAAACUGGCCUGCCAGAGAACUGGACUAUCCGCUUUUCAAACUCCAAGAACCUGCCUUACUACUUCAACGCCACGACCACUGAAUCACGAUGGGAACCGCCGGCCGGUGCCGACACGGAAAAACUAAAGGCCCACAUGGUGGCUAAGUUCCCCGCCAUGAACAUCGUCCCUUCAGUGGGUGGUGGUCAACCCGGGAAGAUUCGGUGCGCGCAUUUGCUUGUUAAGCAUAGGGAUAGCAGGAGGCCUAGCUCUUGGAAGGAGGUUUGUCUCUUGUCUCCCUCCUUCGUUCUUCUCCAUUAUGAGAUAUUUGGGGGCUGAUUUACGAUGCACUCUGGGGGGGAGGGGUGGUUAGGCCAACAUCACCAGAACAAACGAAGACGCUAUGGGAAUUAUCCUAGGUUUUGAGGCUCGUAUUAGAGAGGGCAAUACAUCGUUGGCUGACCUUGCCAUUGCCGAAUCUGACUGCAGCAGUGCGAGGAAACGCGGUGACCUGUUUGUUCCCUUCCUCCAUCCUCCAUCCCACCUUCCGAAGAAUUAACCCUGUUGAUCUUAUUCCCACCCACAGCGGCUUCUUCGGUAGAGGCGAAAUGCAGAAAGAAUUCGAGGAUGCUGCGUUCGCCUUGGCGCCUGGGGAGAUGAGCCAUGCUGUUGAGACCGCCUCUGGGAUCCAUCUCAUCGAGAGGUAUGACACUUCUCGCUACCAAGCAAACUACAGCUGA